CUAAGCUCCGCCUGCAACAUAGGACGACGGCCAAUGAAAGCUCCGUAUCUGACUCGAGGGCGGGUCUGCCGAUGCGAGAUGAGUGAGUGGUCUGUUGUAGCAUCCCCGACACAGAACGAGCUCCGAACUCAUUUUAAAUUCUUGAGAGAAACGGAACAUGUGCCGAGCAGAUGGGUUAUGCUAAGUGAUGUUUGAGUUCGCGGCGAAAGCAGUGCAGUUCGGUCGUUUGCGCCUCGAUAAAGAAAAACAGCGUAUGUAGUAGUGUUCCCCGAGUGUGUCGUACUAAUAUAGCCGUCUAUGAUCAUAACACGAUUAACUAAGUGAUGGUGAUAAGUUCUAGACUCGACUAGUUGUAUCUCCCGACGCAGAUCAGUAAAAAUCUGGUAAUCUUAUUAAAUAUAUUGUGAGUGACAUCGACUCAGUCGGUCUCGAGAACUGGGAUGACAAGCGCAUCAUCCCCUUCGCAUGUCGGAUGACCAUGAAGACCGCUGAGCCCAGCAGGCCGCCCUCGACAGACUCCUUCGGCAGCCUCAUCCUGCCGUCCCCCGUCUCUCUCGCACCGCUCGUGCCCUCCUCGCCGGGCCAAACCGCCUCCUCCUCUUCCUCGUCCUCUUCCUCAGCCAUGGCCAGGGACGCCGAAGCGUCGGGGGUCAACGGGGGUCCUUCGUCCUCCUCCACCUCGAGUCCCGACGGGAACGACGUCCUUCAGAACAAGAACGGCGGCAACCUCCACUUCACGCCAGAGCAGAUCGACUGCGUGUGCGAGACCCUCCUGCAGGCUGGGGACAUGGACCGCCUGGGCAGGUUCCUGUCCAUCCUGCCCAUCCACGCCGAGGUGUCCAGGACCUCGGAGGUCAUCCUGAGGGCGAAGGCGUCCGUGGCCUUCCACAGGGGCACCUUCAAGGAAGUGUACAGCAUCCUCGAGUCGAAUACGUUCACGUCGAAAUACCACACGGAAAUGCAAAACAUGUGGUACAGGGCCCACUACAAAGAGGCCGAAAAAAUUAGGCAGCGACCUCUUGGCGCCGUGGACAAGUACCGCAUCCGGAAGAAGUACCCGCUCCCGAAGACGAUCUGGGACGGCGAGGAGACCAUCUACUGCUUCAAGGAGAAGUCGCGGAUAGCGCUGAAGGAGUGCUACAAGCAGAACCGCUACCCGACGCCCGACGAGAAGAGGAGCCUGGCGAAGCAGACUGGCCUCACCCUCACCCAGGUCUCCAACUGGUUCAAGAACCGCAGGCAGAGGGACCGCAACCCGGCGCCCAGACCAGACCUUCUGCUGGGCCCCCACGGAGAGGGCCCCGUUAUGUCCCACCACUUCGACCCCGCCGGCCACGACAUGCGGGCCAUGUACGUCACCAAGAUGGCGGCCUACGACCCGACCAAGAUGGGCUACGACCCGAGCCUGGCCGGGAUGGCGCAGCGGCAGAACAUGGUCAAGCCGGAGAUGCUGUCGCCCCACUUCAAGCCGGAGGCCGCCUCUCUGCUCCACCACUUCCCCAACAUGGCUUCCUACCCCUACCACGGGUACGACGCCUCGGCGCUGCAGGCGGUGACGACUACGAGCCAUCAGGACAUGUGAAGGAGUCGUCGCCUCCUCGGCGGAUGAUGAUCAGGCGUUUGUUUUGAUACUCGCUGCUGGCCGGUUGCGUUCAGUGCGACACGAUAACUCUCCAUUAUUCCUCUAAAUUGCUGAGUUUGGGAUCUUCUUCUUCUUCUUCUGCUAGCAGGAGAAUCGAUCAGUGAGUGACUGAAUUAAUCAGGGAUUUUGGUGUCAAGGUGACGAUCGAGGGUUAAUGGGAGUCGUUCAGUUUUGUUAAAUGAAAAUAUCUACGUGUUCUAUUUUCUAGAGUUACAUAUAUCUGACAGUGUUUCGGGGAGAUUUCACUGAAUAGACAAUCCUUAUUGCAGCUUCAGAAAGUUGGGUACUGUGAAACGAAGAUAAAUAAUAUGAAUCUUGUUAAACUAGCUUCCUUACCGACGUGUGAAAGACUAAUUCGGUAAAUUUAAAAGCAAAACAUUUUAAAAAAAACAGCAGGUGACAAAAAUACAUAUAAGACAAUACUAUUUACAAAUAAUGCUCCUGUAUGUGAUAGGAAACUAUAAAAGGAAUAAAUUUCUCAUUAUUUCCAGUGCUCGAGAUCAACAGAGAAUUACCGAUUCUUCGUAUCAUUUUCCUUGACAUACGGUUUUCUGUGCGGCGAAAUCCCCUUUUGUACGCAGCUGCAGACCUGAUGAAACUUAACCAAGACGCAUGCGCGAAGACAAAUCUAGUAGUCGUAUUGCAAGGUGCUAAACUCUCUCUCUCUCUCAAGUGUACAGUGUAUAUUCUUUUUAAAAAAUGUGUUCUUCCGGUAUUUCGCUCCGUUGUGAAAUCACCUCGCCAAGAACAAGUCGUUCGUUUGUUUGUUUGUUAGCCGCUGGUUCGUAAAUUCAAGAUCCUUUUUGGAGUUUCACGAAGCUUUGAAACCGCUCAAAGAAUCUGAAAGUCGCAGGACAUUUUGGAGGGAAAACUGGAAAUGGCAAAAAGCCGAACCCACGCAGCGUGCAUUUUGACGAGCCGAGAAGAUUCGAGAUUUCAUCUUGAACAAAUGAUGUUCGACAGUCUCGCACUGUUGUUGUUGUUAAGAAGAAUAUGUCGCCUUAUCAUCACGUAAAUAAGAGCUACUGAACGAACGUGACGAGCUCCAAAUAAAUAAAUGUUAGAUGCAACCCAGUUUCAUUCAGUGGUGGCCUCUGGUGCCGAUUCACCAAAUUAUUUACCUGAUGAACAAGUGACGUAUUCUCCACUCGCGUCAAAUCCGCGUAUCGAGUGUGUGGGUGAAUCGGUGUUCCAUGUAAAUAUGAUUUUUUUCCAUUACUAGGCUUAAGGUAGCUCUUAAGUAUUUAUGAAUUGAUGGUAGACUCCGUUGUGGAUUCGACGAAUAUGAAUAAUGGAGAGUCAAGUGCAUUUGCAGGAUAAAAUCAGUGGAAAGAACAGUUGCAUCUUGCAAUGUUUGUUGAUGAUGAAAUAACCUAUACUUGGAAAUGAGUAACGGCUAAUCAGAGUUUGUGAUUAACUCAGCGCAUUUCCAAUGACCUGUGUUCCGUUUUGUAAAUCCUCUGUACCUCAAGUGAUAGGCCGAUAUUAUGUAUUAUGUGCGGUUUUCUCUUUAGGUUAUGAUAAAUACCAAUAGAAUUGUACAGACAUAUAUGUAUUAUGUCUAAUUAUCUUCCUUGUUUAAGUUAUUAGCACGAGUAUAGGUGGAAUUGUGCAAUGCUGAAAUGCUUUUUUUUUCCACAAAAUUAAAUUAACUCCCAAGUUAGAGAAAGAAGUAGACUGCAGCAUAAUUUCAAGAAAAACUCACACACUAGUUUUCAAUAAAAACUCGCACACUAGAGUUUUUUCAAUGGAAACUCACACACUAGUUUUUUAUCAAUAAAAAUUCACACACUAGUUUUUCUUCAAUAAAAACUCACACACUAACGAUUUUUCAAUAAAAACUCACACACUAGAGUUUUUUCAAGAAAAAUUUACACACGAGAGUUUUUUUAAUAAAAAUUCACACACACUAGUUUAUCAAUAAAAAUUCACACGAGUUUUUUUCAAUAAAAACUCACAACUAGUUUUUUUUUAAACUCACACGCGAGUUUUUUUCAAUAAAAACUCACAACUAGUUUUUUUUAAACUCACACGCGAGUUUUUUUCAAUAAAAACUCACACACGUUUUUUUUUUUCAAUAAAAACUCACACACUUGAGUUUUUCAUUAAAAACUCCCACUAAGAGUUUUUCAUUAAAAACUCACACUAAGAGUUUUUCAUUAAAAACUCACACUAAGAGUUUUUCAUUAAAAACUCACACUAAGAGUUUUUCAUUAAAAACUCCCACU